AUGGCGAGCAAAAAGAUGAAUGUGCUGGUAUACUCCGGUAACGGAAGCACGACAGAGUCCGUCCGCCACUGUCUCUACACUCUGCGUCGACUUCUCUCCCCAUCUUACGCUGUCAUCCCCGUAACAGGCGACACCCUCAUCAAAGAACCCUGGUUCAGCACAUGCGCCCUACUCGUCUUCCCCGGCGGCGCCGAUCUAGGCUACUGCCGCACGCUCAACGGCGAAGGCAACCGCCGGAUCAGUCGGUAUGUAAACGCCGGUGGUUCUUAUCUCGGUUUCUGUGCCGGAGGAUACUACGGUAGCAGUAGAUGUGAAUUCGAAGUCAACGACCCCAAAAUGGCUGUUGAAGGAGAGAGGGAAUUGGGUUUCUUCCCUGGGACGUGUAGGGGGCUGGCGUUUGAGGGGUUCAAGUAUGCGAGUGAAGCUGGGGCGAGGGCGGCGGAGAUUAAGAUUGAGAAAGGUGCUUUUGAGGGGGUUGAUGAGGGGGUAGGGGAUGUGUUCAAGAGCUAUUAUAAUGGUGGGGGUGUUUUCGUUGAUGCGGGGAAGAUGGAGAGUAGGGGGGUGCAGAUUUUGGCGAGUUAUACAGAGGAUUUGCAUGUUGAGAGUGGAGAGGGGAAGGCUGCGGUUGUGUAUAGGAAGGUGGGUGAAGGGCAUGCUGUUGUUACUGGGCCGCAUCCUGAAUUCGCGCCCCAGAACCUAAGCAAAAUCCCCAGCUUACCUUCGUAUGCUACCGUCAUCAGCGACAUCGCAGCUACAGAUGCUACCAGGCUUGACUUUAUGCGCUUGAUCCUCCGCAAACUUGGGCUGCAGGUCAACGAGCAGGAACAAGCGGUACCGUCCCUUUCCCGUUUGCAUCUCACAGCUCAUAACCUAUCAGACGUCGCUGACCUCGUCGCUACGUGGAGCGAAAUCAUCACUGUAGUCGAUGGGGAUGAGUAUAUCAAGGGCGAGAACGAUGUGUUUCGUAUCGAGAAAGAGGGGAGCGCGUGGAGCGUCAAGGAGUUGAAAAGGGCCGUUAGCGCUGUGUCGGAGAAGCUGCCUACCCUCGCUUCUGUUACGAACAGUGCUAAGGAAGACGUUGAACAACAGGCUCAAGAGGAAGAUCAAAAGAAGAAAAAGCCCAAAACCCCAGAAGAAGAGAUACAAGACUGCAUCGCCUACACAUCCACCACCUCCCCCGACCAAAUCGUCUCCUACGAAAAGAUCAUCAAAGUCAUAGUCACCCACUCGAAAGCCCUCCCAUCACCCGAAGAAACCCCCUUCCACCACGAAUCCUUCUACUUAAACCUCCACCACUACCACACCAAACUCCGCAACCCGAACGCCUCCUUCGGCAAACACCUCAUCUACGCCGACGUCGUGACCUCCACCAACACGCUCCUCGAGAAGAACCCGUCCCUAUUACGCAGCCUGCCCAACGGCUUCACCAUAACAGCGACCACGCAGAUCGCGGGGCGCGGCCGCGGAAACAACGUUUGGAUUGCGCCGCCGGGGGCUCUCAUGUUUAGUACUGUGCUGCACCAUUCCUUCACACUCAGCCAAUCCGCCCCCGUUGUCUUCAUCCAAUACCUCGCCGCCCUCGCCAUCGUCCAAGGCAUCCAAAACUACGCCCCCGGCUACGAAAAAAUCCCCGUCAAGCUAAAAUGGCCAAACGACAUCUACGCGCAACUCCCCGGCUCGUCCAACAACCCCGUUGUUAAAAUCGGCGGGAUACUGGUCAAUAGUAGUUACUCGGGUUCUACCUACGAUGUCGUCACGGGGAUUGGACUCAACCUCAGUAACGCGUUACCGACAACGAGUUUAAAUCAACUGGCCAAGGGGUGUACGCCGCCGUUGAAGGACUUCACGCCCGAGAAGUUGUUGGCGAGUAUACUUGCGCAUUUUGAGACGCUCUACUCCACAUUCACGCAAUCUGGUUUUACGCGCGAGAUGGAGGAAUUCUACUACGCCAACUGGCUUCACACGGAUCAGUUGGUGAGCUUGGAGAGUGUGGAGGGUGGUGGUGGUGGGGUGGGUGGGUACAGUGGUGGGGGUGCGGUGAAGGCGAGGAUUAAAGGAAUUACGAGGGAUUGGGGGUUGUUGCUGGCGGAGGAGAUCUGGAGAAUUGUAGCUAAGUAG